ACGUUAAAUCUAAAGAUGAAGAUAUAAAAAUUGAAAAAAAUAAAACUGAUCAUAAAAAGGAAAGCAAUAUAAAAGAUUGUAAUUAUAAUUAUAAUAAUAAUAAUAAUAAUAGUUAUUCUUAUUAUAUGGACAAUAUUACAAACACAUGUGAUACAAACCAAUCAUCUAUACAUAUUACACACGAUGAACGACGAAAUGAACGUCGUAUCUUUUAUUUUAUUCAAUCUUUAGAAACUUAUAAAUAUAACAUUCAAUAUAAACGAAUUUUUAAACAUUAUAAAAUUCUUUAUCAUAAACAAUGGAAAGAUAUUAAAACAACAUACUGUAAAAAUAUACAGAAUAAAAUUGUAUUUGUAUUAGCCAUGAAAAUAUUUCAAAUUAAAAAAUUAUAUCCAAAUAAUAUUCAUUUUCAAAAUGUUAUGAUCAAUAAUCUUAUGAAAAUUUAUAAAAGCGAAAAAGAUCUACAUGUAAAUUAUCUUAUUCUUAAUUAUAUCAAAAAACUAGAUGUAAGAGUCAUUCUACAAAAUUGUGUUCUCAUAAGUAAUGAUGAGUUCAAUGAAAUAUUAUCAAAACAUAGUAAAAAUAAUGAUCCUAUAGAAAAUAAUACUACAGAUGAACAGGAUUGGGAUCAUUUGGGUUCAAACCGUGCAUCUGACGGAAUCAAGAUUAAUACUUUUUUGAAACACCAAAGAAAUGAACAAGACAAACAAGAUAUAGAAGAUGUAGAAGAUGAAAAUAUCCAUGAAAUUGACCAAUGUAACGAAUAUAACCAUCAUAUUCACAAUAUUCACAAUAUUCAUAGUAUUCAUAAUAUUCAUAGUAUUCAUAAUAUUCACAAUAUUCAUAGUAUUCAUAAUAUUCACAAUAUUCAUAGUAUUCAUAAUAUUCAUAAUAAUCAUAUAAAUUUACUUAAGAAAUAUAAAGAAGAACAAUUAGAUGAUAAUUUAUUUAAAAGCACUUAUGAAAUUGAAAAUAUAAAAGAUUUUAAAAAUGAAGAAAAAAAAAUCUAUGACAUGUCUCAGAAUCAAAGUGGUGAUUUAAAUAAUUCUGAACAAAUAAACACAUCAUAUUUGAAAACAAAUGAAGGAAAUAAUCUUAUGCACCAUGAUCAAAAGGAUAUUCAUAAAUAUAAUAACAAUAUUUUAAAUAAUAAUGAGAAUAUAAUCGAAUCUGAAACAAAAGAAUCAAAUUUUUUUCUAUCAAACAAUGUUGUAAAGAAAAGAAAAAUUAUAGAAGGUCAAACAUAUAAAUACGAAUUAAAAGGUAAUAUACUAGCCAAAUUUAAAUCUCCACAUGGUAUUAUAUAUAGAGGUCAUAUUAAAAAUAUAUUUACAAAUAAAAAUAAUAUACUAUCCUACUUUUUAAUUGUGCCUUCAAUUUUUUUUAUUAAUAAUUCAUUUUAUUUCUCCUGUCUAAACAUAGAUAUUGAUAUUCUCAAAAUAUUUGAAAUUAUAAAAAUUUUAGACAAAUCAAAAAUAAAGCAAAUAGAUAGUAUAGAUUUUAAUAAAUAUAAAAAUUUAAAACAAUUACAUGAAAAUAAUUUAAAAAUUGAUAUGGCGCAUGCAAAUAUAUCACAUGAGAGGUCUUCCAUACAAGAUAGAUGUAUUAGAAAGAAUCAUUCGGAGCAAAAUAAUCUCCAAGCAUAUAAUAAAAAGGGGGCUCCUUCUAAUGAUAAGAAAAGUAAGGAAGACCCCAAAAAAAAAAAAAAUAAUUCUUUUGGAAGAAAAAAAAGAAAAAAGGAUAUACAUAGAGAUGAUAUGAAUGAA